GUCUCGAGCUCCUGACCUCAGGUGAUCCACUGGCCUCAGCCUCCCAAAGUGCUGGGAUUACAGGCGGGUCAUCCCAGGCCAGGGUGUCUGUGUCAUCAUGGCCAUGGCCACUGCUGCUCAGAGCUAGUCUUGGGCACUCAAUGGGUCACAUGCUGUAGUGCCCAGACAAUGCCACAGCCCCAAAGGUCCAGACUGAGGGAGCCUCUCUCCUGGCUCAGUGCUGCCUGUUGACCCGUGUGCUCCAUCGACCUUUUUGCUGAGGGUUAGGCCACAGGCCAGGCCCGACUGUGCCCUGGGGUCUGAACGUGGUGGUCUUGGGCAGAAGAGGGCAGAAGGCAGAAGAAGCCAACGGGGUCCCCGGCGGGCCUGCCGCCUUCCUCCUCCCCUUCCUCUGCCCUCUUCCCCUCCCCUCCCCUCCUCCACAGUCCUUAUAGCCACAAACCCGCAAGGAAAAACCCAGACUUUGGCGAGAGCGGAGGCCAGGAUGUGCGUGGGGCGACGACCGGGGCCCUGGGAGGCGGCUCUGCUCCUCCUGGGCCUGGCGCUGAGUGCCGCGGGGCUCCACUGCGUCGGGGACACCUACCCCAGCGGCGACCGGUGCUGUGACGAGUGCAGGCCAGGCUACGGGAUGGUGAGCCGCUGCAGCCGCACCCAGAACUCCGUGUGCCGCCCGUGUGAGCCCGGAUACUACAACGACGCCGUCAGCGCCAAGCCGUGCAAGACCUGCACGCGCUGCAACCUCAGAAGUGGCAGUGAGCAGAAGCAGAGGUGCACAGCCACGCAGGACGCCGUGUGCCGCUGCCGGCCAGGCACUCAGCCCGUGCAUAGCUACAAGCUUGGAGUUGACUGCGUCCCCUGCCCCCCAGGGCACUUCUCCUCUGGUGACAACCAGCCUUGCAAGCCCUGGACCAACUGCACCUUGGCCGGGAAGAGCACCCAGCAGCCCGCCAGCAACAGCUCAGAUGCCGUCUGUGAGGACAGGGGCCCCCCAGCCACGCGGCCCCAGGGGACCCAGGCCCCCACUGCCAGGCCCACCACUGCCCGGGCCACUGAAGCCUGGCCCAGAACCUCACAGGGACCCUCCACACGGCCUGCAGAGGUUGCCGGGGGCCCUGUGGUUGCUGCCAUCCUGGGCCUGGGCCUGGCCCUGGGCCUCCUGGGCCCCCUGGCCAUGCUGCUGGCCCUGCAUCUACUCCGGAGGGACCUGAGGCCACCCCCCGACGCCCCCAAGCCUCCUGGGGGGGGCAGUUUCCGGACCCCCAUCCAAGAGGAGCAGGCUGACGCGCACUCCGCCCUGGCCAAGAUCUGACCCGGCCCACCAAGGCGGGCGCUGGGCCCCGGAGGGUCUGCUGGGCAAGCAGGGCAGGCGCCGGCCGCUGCCCUGCCAUGCUCCUGGGCCACGCCGCACCGUUCUAGGUGCCGCUGGCUGCUCCGGGCUCUCUCCUUACGUAUGCCAUGCAUACUCCGCACCCCGUGGGGCCCAAUAAAAACCCAGCAGACAAAGUCUCUUA